CUUCUCCUCCCCCUCCCCACCCCCUUGCGCGCAGCUCUGUUUGUUGUGUUUUUAUUUGGUGUGUGGCACAUUUUGCAGGUGACAAGUAUUGUUGUUUCGUCGAAAUGGCGCAGGGAAAGUCCAAAGCUAAGGCCCAGCUCCCAGCCAACGUCAAGGCCAAGAAGAAGUUCUCUGUCAAGAGCAAAACAAUCUCGAAAGCAAGGCCAAACGCUCCUAUAGCACCUAAAGUUACGGGAAAAACCAUCGAAUCCCUGAAGAUGAAGAAAGCUAUUUCCAAGGGUGUAGGCGAAGCGCUGGAGUCUGAACUCCGCUCUAAGGCACUUGACGGAAAAAAUUCACUUCUCACAAAGAAGGAAAUGGCUGAAAGAGCCGCUGCAAACAAGUAAUGGUUAUCAUCUUCAUGUCCUUGUGCUGUAUAUUUUUAAUAAAUGUAAAUAAUUUGUUAACAA